AUGGGCAGCACAUUCGACGAACUCCGGGCGCUGCACAGGCUCAUCGGGACGUCUCUGGACUUCAUCGAGCGCAAAUUUGCCGAUGCGACGCGUAUACCCGACCUAGACGACGAUAUCCUAGGGCCGGAUGACGAGGAAAGCCAGUAUGGGGUGCGGGAAGGACGAGGGUUGUACAGGGCCACAAGCGCCGACGAGGAUCGCCCAUCAUUGCGAUAUCCCUUCGAGGCAAAGAUGCGCGAGAAUCUCUCGAACGCGUACGCGUCUCCCCCACCCUCGCCUAGCACGUAUGCACCGGAGGGGCCUGUGACGCCUCCUGCGAAUGGCCCUCGUUCACGACUUUCGCCGUCCAUCACGCGUCAGCAUAGUAGUCCCAAUGUCCACGCAACCCCACGACACAACCCGAGCAGUUCCCGGAUAGACAUUGCGUCGUACACCCAGAGCUCGCCAUCUCUUCUGCUGUCUCGUGCCGUGCGCCAGGAUUCUCCCCGCCAUCAUCAUAACGAGUCGAUCUCGACGGAUUCACUAACAACCGAUCCUUCCAUGUACUCCCAGCCUUCUCAACCCGCUUCUCCUGUCACCCCAGCGUCCCCGUUCUCGCCUAUGUCUCCAGCAGACGGCGAGAAUGUAUUCGGCUUGUUGGACUUUCCUUCGUUGAACGCGCCGAUGGACCCGGACUCACCCGCGGAGCGUAUGGUCCAGGAAGCUGACAUCGUCGACGCUAUCUCACGUAUCGCGGGAGCUUGCGGUCAGAUUAGCGCCACGGUGCAGCUGCCGUUUCUCACUUUAUGCGACGCUAGUAUGGCUUACCAUCUGCCGUCUUGUCUCCGGCUGUUCGAGGCGGCGCAUAUACCCGAGAUUUUGAGGGAGGCGGGCGAGGAGGGAAUGGAGACCAGCGAUAUAUCUAGCCGCUGCGGUGUUGAGGUGAAUAAAUUGGCCCAUAUACUUCGACUUCUGGCAACACACCACUUGUUGAUGGAAGUCAGACCAAAUACCUUCGCCAACAACCGAAUAUCUAGUAUGAUCGACAGCGGGAAACCGUGGCGAGAACUCGUCGCCAUGUCCAACGCGGAGGCGAAGUACGAAGGCAAAGAAGGCGGCAUCGCUGCGUUCGUUGGCAUGUGCACGGACGAGCUCUUCAAGGCGUCAUCGUAUAUGACCGAAGCCUUCUUGCUUUCGCCAAAUGUGACCACCACCCACGGCCGAGAACCGGAACACGCACCCUUCACGUUCGCCUUUGGUUUGUGCGGCGGGGAGGAUACCUAUUGCAGGGGCAAUGCCGUGUUCUCUGGAGACGGGCGAAAGAAGGGGAGCCCGAAGGUCGUUGAGGAGAAGAUUCCGUUCUUUCCGUGGUUGGAGGGGCAUGGCUUAGACGCGACUGGGGGCAGCAAUCCGAACAGAUUUAGGUUCGCGAGGUUCGCCAAGGCGAUGGAGGGCACUACGAGCUGGGAGACGCCUGGCGCCAUCCUUCAAGCCUUCGACUGGAAUAUGCUCCAGCCGGGGAGUGUCGUCGUUGACGUUGGAGGCGGAAUAGGAUCCACAACGGACACUUUGGCGACGGCCUCUGAGAACUGCGGAUGGGGGUUACGCUUCGUUCUACAGGAUCGCGAGGUCGUCAUUGAGCGUGCGGAACAGUAUUGGAAGAAGAACUGGCCUCAUCGAGUCAGCUCAGGCGCGGUGACAUUGCAAGUGCAAGACUUCUUUCAGCCGCAGGCCGUGAAGGCACCCGCUGUGUACAUGCUGCGAGUCAUCCUUCACGACUGGUCGGAAGUCUUCGCCAGGAAAAUCUUGCUGCAGCUGAGGAGCUCCGCUGGUCCACAUACGACGUUGCUCUGCGGUGAUUUCAUCCUCCCGUUGGCUUGUCCGGACUCUUUUGGCGUCAGCGGUUCGCAUCCUGGCGUCGACGUCGAAGGCGCGGUCCUAAGUCAUGCGCCAGCCCCGCUGCUUUCAAACAUGGGCAAGGCGAGCGCCAAUGCGUUCAACAUGGACCUCACUAUGCAAUGCACGUUCAACUCGCAGGAGCGUACGCUACGCGAGACGUUCGCGCUCAUGGAAUCGGCGGGCUGGAAGAUCACGCGCCUGAACAAGUGCCCGGGGUCCUGGUUCUUCUGGAUCGUCGCCGUUCCCGCGGAGGUGCCCGAUCCUCGACUUGCGCGCUCUGGUAGUCGGUCGACGUUUGGCGGCUCGACCUUCCCGGAGCGCGCGGGCAUCAACGACGACUUGGACGACCUGUUGCGCCGAGAGGAGUUGGAUCUCAUCGGGCGAUCGAGCUCACGGUGCGGGACGCCGACCUUUGGCUCGAGGAUGGACUUCCCCUCGUUGGCGCCGAAGGGGCCGAUGUCGAGGCUCUCGAGGGGUAUCUUUGGCAAAGGCGGCGCGGCGAUGCGGAAGUUUGGCUUCGGCAGACCGUCGGCUGCUCUGGCUGCGCAAAGUGGGCAUUCUGCGCAGAACAAUGCACUGAAGCAGCCGGUCAUCAUUUCUCCGCCGAAGAAGAAGAAGCCGUCGCCGCUGACGUUGUCUUCGCCCAUUGCGCCGUCGUCGCCUGCUCCGAGCUCACGACUGCAGCCCGCACGAGUGAGGGGAUUGUCGAUCUCGCAACCGACCUCGUCAUCAUCGUCACCGGCGCCUUCGCAAGCACCUCCGACACCGGCAUCGCCACGGUUCCCCUCCAUGCUCCGUCGGUCGUCGCACGCGCAUCUGACUGGACAUCAUGCAGCAGCUGCUGUGAGUAUGGUGUCUCUUCGACAUGGGCCAGAGAAGCGACAUGGGCGUAACCCGAGCUUGACGUCCACCCUGAUGUCGGAGGCGCUCGAGGUGCCGCCAUCCCCUGCGCGCACGACGAAGACGGUGACGAGGCGAGGGUCGUUCGCGACGCUGUCGGACCAGAUUAGCUCCAUCAUCUCACGGACGACUGGGUCGGGGACGCCUGAGCCGCCACGGUCGCCGACGCUUUUGCGCAAGUCUGUGUCGAGGCGUGGGUCUCUGGCUCACUUGACGCCGCCGAACAAGGACGAAGUCCCGCCGCUGCCCAAGACCAUCAACAUCUCUGGUCCCAUCCAUUUGGGAGGCCUACCUACUCCCAGCUCGCCGGUGACCGUGCGCAAUCUGUCGACGUCGCCUUCACCGCCGUCGCCCUUGUCCUCUCGACCGCGAAAGUCGUCCGUCUCUCAUCUGACGCUGACACCGAAGUUUAAGAUCGGGGGAAGGAAGAGGAGCGAGAGUAUCCUGAGCACGAAUGUGCCGGCGGGGGCGUCGUUGUUGGGGAGUGGGGGGAGGCUGGACUUCGGGAAGCUGGUGGAUGAGGUGGAGGAGAAGGGGCUGCCGCCGUUGCCGCAGGUGGGGGCGUUGUUGGAUGCGCCGCCGAUGUUGGAGGUUCCGUUGGUGUCGGGGCAUUCGUCGAUGUUGGGCCCGCCGCCCUUGCUUGGUGCAUCGGCCGCGUUGGGCGCACCACCGUCGCUGGGUGCACCGGCUGCGCUAGAUUCGCCUCCUGCCAUGUUCGAGAGGGAGAGGAAGUGGUCGAGUGGGGCUAACAAGAGCCCGAGGACAUGA